UUCAACCUUCCUGACCCCAGCAACUCCACAUAUCCUGUAACUGCUACUGUAAUUCUUAAUGAGGGUAGCUUCUUCCCUUGCCUUAAAACUGUAUCACAGAGACUGUCUAGCCCUAAUAAGGCAUUGGCCCAAAGCUGAUGGGUCUGUGCACAUUGGAAGAGGUGGGGCUUAUGUACAGUGCAGCACCAGGGAGAGGAAUCACUUAUGUAACUAGGACAGCAGAUUUAGUGGAAGCACAGGAGGCAGAGAAGCUCGGGAUGGGAGGAGUGAGCUGUCGGCAGGGGCAACAAACCCGGGUGGCUGCUUCUCAUAAGGUAGGCUAUGGGGCUGUAGCAGCCUGUUGAGGGAAAGUAAAGGAAACAUGAGCCUGGGGCUUAGGAAGUAACUGGUAAGGAACAAUCAGUAAUAAGUGUGUGUGUGGCAGGGGUACACCAGAGAGCAUAUAAUUUGAAACCACUGCAACACUAUUCUGAGGUAUUUUUGGUACAUUAUGGAGAAAGCAUUUAAUGCUUUCCUAGAGGAUUUGGAUUAUGUCCAGGAAAUCCAGGUCUUGCAACAAAGGAAGGCCAGUGGGAAUGAGGCCUGGUAUUCAGAAAUGCACCUUCAGUAGUUGAGACAUGAGGGGAGGAAGUACCUAGAAAGAUGGGUAUAACCAGCAAUGCUUCAGGGCUAGGUUUAGAGUGGCUCCCUUGCUUCUCAGGGUGGCAACAUCCAGGUCCCCUGGGUCCGAGGCUGGAAGAGCCUCUGGUCAGGUGUGGGGACCAUGAGGUCGGGUCUGGAAGAGCUCUUGGAACUACAGGGGCAUCAGUGCCUACACCAGGAGACCAUAGAGAAGCCUUUGUCUGAGUGGCCUGUACCUCAGUUCAUCGAACUCUUCCUACCAGAGUUUCCCAUAAGGCCCAUUAGGGGGCAGCAGCAACUGAAGAUUUUAGGCCUGGUGGCUAAAGGGUCUUUUGGAACUGUCCUGAAGGUGCUAGAUUGUGCCCAGAAAGCAGUAUUUGCAGUGAAGGUGGUAUCCAAGGUAAAAGUCCUACAGAAGGAUACACUGAGGCAGUGCAAAGAAGAAGUUAGCAUCCAGCGACAAAUCAACCAUCCUUUUGUACAUAGCCUGGGAGACACCUGGCAGGGAAGACGGCACCUCUUUAUUAUGUGUAGCUACUGCAGCACAGAUCUGUACUCCCUGUGGUCUGCUGUUGGCUGCUUUCCUGAGGCUUCUGUCCGUCUCUUUGCAGCUGAACUGGUCCUUGUGCUGUGCUAUCUCCAUGACUUGGCCAUCAUCCAUCGAGAUGUGAAGAUGGAGAAUAUUCUUCUGGAUGAACGAGGCCAUCUGAAACUGACAGACUUUGGUUUGUCACGCCAUCUGCCCCGGGGAGCCCGAGCCUAUACUAUCUGUGGCACUCUUCAAUACAUGGCCCCAGAGGUCUUGAGUGGUGGCCCUUACAACCAUGCUGCUGACUGGUGGUCCCUAGGUGUCUUGCUUUUCUCUCUGGCAACUGGAAAGUUCCCAGUGGCCGCAGAGAGAGAUCAUGUGGCCAUGUUGGCAAGUGUAACACACUGUGACUCUGAGAUCCCAACUUCUCUUAAAAAGGAGUUAUCACUUCUACUUCAGGAGGUAAGGCUCUUAUGCCAGAACCCCCUCCACCGUCUACGUUAUCUACAUCAUUUCCAAGUCCACCCUUUCUUUCGGGGUGUGGCCUUUGACCCAGAACUUCUACAGAAGCAGCCAGUGAGCUUUGUCAUGGAGACACAAGAUACCCAGCCCAGUCCAUUGGAGUCCAUAGCCUUCAAAGACUUCGACUGUGACCUGGAGCCCUUCUUUGUCCACUCAAUCCUUCCGUGACCCACUCUACUGUAGAGAGACGAUCAUUGGGGCUGAGCUGGGAUCCUGAGGCUCUCCUUCACUGAGAGUAACCAACUUGAUUAUCUAGUUUUUAUUUUGUAGCUCCUUACCAUUCUUUUCUUCUAGGUGUUGGACUAGAGUUCAGUUCUUGGGCAUUCUGCUAUGGCAGGCACAUCUGAGUUUAGGCCUUCCACAUCACACAACUCACCUCUUAAAAUUCAGCAUGUAACCCAGGGUGGUAACUUUUUUUUUUUUCCUUCACUUCUCUGGUGCUGUUACCCUCAAGCUAUUGUCUAAAGGCUUUUGCCUCUCCUUGUUUCUCUGCCUUGUUUCCUUCUUGGGCAGUAAUGAUAUAGCGUAAGUGCCUAAGGUGCUAUUCAUGUUUAAAAAGAUGGUCAUAAACAAUGUGAUUAUUUUUCAGAGGUCUCAAGCUGGGUGUGGUGGUACAUGCCUGUGAUGUCAGCACUGAAGAGGCUGAAGUGGGAGGAUUGCUG